UGACUGCUCAAAAUCUUUGUUUUCUAGCGUUUCAUGCUGCUGUUUUGAUUUUUAUUUUGGUUUGAAUUUUUGAAUCUUGUUUCGAUUUGUCUGUAACCAUGAUGAAUGACGAAAUUGUACUGAACGAAGGCGAAGCCAGUGAAUUUCCUGAGAUACACCAAGAAGAUGAUGAUGGUGAUGAGAAUGUUGUCAAGCUAAAAGAAAAGGUUAAAAGGAAGAAGGGAAGAGGAUUCGGUCCAGAUGGAACUGCCCGAGAAGAUAUUAGAGAGUAUGAAGCUAUGGAAUCCGGAGAUAAUAAUGAACAAGGACCACAAAGAUCUGUCGAAGGAUGGAUUCUUUUUGUAACUGGAGUUCAUGAAGAAGCUCAAGAAGAAGAUGUUCACGAUAAAUUUCGAGAUUAUGGAGAAAUAAAAAAUUUACACUUGAAUCUGGACAGACGAACUGGGUUUCUUAAAGGAUAUGCUUUAGUUGAAUAUGAAUCAUUUAAAUCUGCUAGCAGUGCGCUCGAAAAUUUGAAUGGAUCUACUAUACUUGGUCAAACAAUCGCAGUUGACUGGGCUUUCAUCAAAGGACCUCUUAAGAAUAAGCACCGUCGAUCUCGACAUUAAAUUUAAACACAACUGCCAUCCAUUUGUCAUCAGAGAGCAUCUUCUAACAAUGAUUGUUCCAUUCCUAUCAAGCUAUGAGAUUCAUCAUAAGCUCACAAAAAUUUUGUUAAUAAAUAAUGAAUCUUUGAGUAAAUUUGAAA